AUGACAAGCGCUGCUCCUGCUGCUUGGAGACAAGCCUCGGCCUUCUCCAGGCGCCUUUCAACCUACGGUACCCGGGCUCCUCGAGUGUUCGCCACCAGCCUGCGCGGUACUCGGUCCUAUGUCUCCGGCACCAAAGUCGGCCAAGCUCAGGUGAAUGUCGAGACAGCGAUCAAAGAUGAACAAAAGUCAUUUAUGAAACAGUCCGGUGUUGCACCUCAGGAUGUGAACCUGCCAGGCUCGGCAACCUCUGGUGACGCCGCCAUGAGCCCUUCGGCCGGUAUUCUGAAGCAGGCUACCGUCAUGGACCAGGGCACUCGGCCCAUCUACCUCGAUAUGCAAGCCACCACACCGCUCGAUCCCCGGGUGCUAGAUGCCAUGCUUCCUUACCUCACCGGAAUCUAUGGAAACCCACACUCACGCACACACGCCUACGGCUGGGAAUCAGAGAAGGGAGUUGAGGAGGCUCGCGAGCACAUCGCUAAACUGAUUGGGGCUGAUCCCAAGGAGAUUAUUUUCACAAGCGGUGCGACGGAGAGCAACAACAUGAGUCUGAAGGGUGUGGCGCGGUUCUUUGGCCGCUCGGGAAAGAAAAACCACAUCAUCACUACUCAAACCGAGCACAAGUGUGUGCUCGACAGCUGCCGACACUUGCAGGAUGAAGGGUUCGAGGUCACCUACUUGCCGGUACAGAGCAACGGUUUGAUUCGCAUGUCGGACCUUGAGGCCGCUAUGCGCCCCGAGACUUGCAUUGUCAGUGUCAUGGCCGUCAACAACGAGAUCGGCGUUAUUCAGCCAAUGGAGGAGAUUGGUCGCCUCUGCCGGUCCAAGAAGGUCUUUUUCCACACUGAUGGCGCACAGGCUGUCGGAAAGAUUCCAUUGGAUGUCAACAAGUUGAACAUCGAUUUGAUGUCGAUUUCCAGCCACAAGAUCUACGGCCCCAAGGGUAUUGGUGCCUGCUUUGUGCGCCGUCGCCCACGUGUUCGUCUUGAUCCUCUUAUUACUGGUGGAGGACAGGAGCGAGGUCUGCGCAGUGGCACUCUGGCCCCUCAUUUGGUGGUGGGCUUCGGCGAGGCUUGCCGACUUGCCGCUAAAGACAUGGAGUACGACACCAAGCACAUCGAGCGCCUGUCAAAGCGUCUGAGCGAGGGACUCCUGGCCAUGGAACACACAACCCUGAACGGUGACCCUGAGCACCACUAUCCCGGCUGCGUGAACAUCUCAUUCGCCUACGUUGAGGGUGAGUCCCUGCUGAUGGCGUUGAAGGACAUUGCGCUGUCAUCUGGCAGUGCGUGUACCUCCGCCUCACUGGAGCCUAGCUACGUGUUGCGCGCCUUGGGUAGCAGCGACGAGAGUGCACACAGCAGUAUCCGUUUCGGUAUCGGUCGCUUCACCUCCGACGAGGAAAUUGACUACGUUCUCAAGGCUGUCCAGGCCCGUGUCUCUUUCUUGCGUGAACUCAGCCCUCUUUGGGAGUUGGUGCAGGAAGGAAUUGAUCUGAACACGAUCGAAUGGAGCCAACAUUGA